UCCGCAAUUCUCAAAAUCGGGCGGAGGGAAGGGUUAGAGAAGUUGCAAUGGAGAUGAUGAUGCAGGAUGAGGCGGCGGCGGCAGCUAAUAAAGCUGGACCGGAGGCAACUCCAAACCAGACGAUUUACAUCAACAAUCUCAACGAAAAAGUGAAGCUCGAUGAGCUGAAGAAGUCGCUGAACGCAGUGUUCUCGCAGUUCGGGAAGAUAGUGGAGGUGUUGGCGUUUAAGACAUUGAAGCACAAAGGACAAGCUUGGGUUGUGUUCGACAAUCCCGAUUCUGCUUCCAAUGCUAUUUCUAAGAUGAAUGGAUUCCCCUUCUACGACAAACCCAUGAGAAUACAUUUUGCAAAAACAAAAUCAGAUGUUAUUGCCAAGGCUGAUGGUACUUUUGUUCCUCGUGAGAAACGAAAGCGACACGAGGAGAAAGGUGGUAAGAAAAAGAAAGAGCAGCACCAUGAUUCUACACGCUUGGCCAUGCCACCAUAUCCUGGUGUCUAUGGAUCUGCACCUCCUCUUUCUCAAGUACCAUACCCUGGUGGUGGUGGUGGUGGUGGUGUCAAAAGCAAUCUUCCAGAGGCACCCGCACCCCCAAACAACAUCCUCUUUGUCCAACACCUUCCCCAUGACACAACUCCAGAGACGCUUCAGAAUCUCUUCGACAAGUACCAUGGCUUCAAGGAGGUUAGGAUGGUUGCUGCCAAGCCUGGUAUUGCCUUUGUUGAGUUCGCUGAUGAGAUGCACUCUACAGUUGCUAUGCAAGGUCUUGAAGGUUUCACCAUUCACCAGACACCAAUGCGCAUCACCUAUGCUAAGAAAUAAACACCCUAUCUUGUUCUUUGUAUCUGUCAGUGAAUGCCCACUUCUUAUUUCUUCUUUUUUGUUUUGUUAGAGAUUUUUCUAUUAGAAUCUAUAUUACAAUCAUCUAACUUUUCAUCCAAACAAUUAAGCUUCGUGUCCACCUCAUUGG